CCCCAGCUGCGGGAGAAUUGGACUUUGCCCUGGCCAAUUCCAGCUCCCACCCCGCCCUGUGUUUUUCCGGGGCGGUCCAGGCUCCGCGCUGUUCCUGGAAGGCGGAAAGGGCUGCGGGGACCGUGUCCUUGGGGAGGGGCCUGGUCCUCGCUGCCAUGUCCGGGGGCUUUGAGCUGCAGCCGCGGGACGGCGGCCCCCGGGUGGCCCUGGCGCCCGGGGAGACGGUGAUCGGCCGCGGGCCGCUGCUGGGAAUUACAGACAAAAGAGUGUCCAGAAGACAUGCGAUUCUUGAGGUGGUGGGUGGUCGGCUUCGAAUCAAACCGAUACACACAAGUCCAUGUUUUUAUCAGUCUUCUGAGAAAAGUCAGUUCUUACCAUUGAAGACAAAUCUAUGGCACUGGUUGAACCCUGGAGAUAGUUUUUCUUUGUUUGUUGACAAAUACAUUUUCCGUGUUUUCUCUACGUAUUCUGAAACAGAAUUGGAAUGUACUUUAAGAAAUAGUCAAAUGCUUGAUGAAGAUGAUAUAGUGAAUGAAACACCAGAAUUAUCCUUGGUUAAUUUGCCUGAUGAGACAACUGGUGCCCCACAGCUGGAAGGAAGCACAGAAAUAGCGACAACCCAGACUUCUACCACAAAUAGUGUGUCUUCCGCAGGUGAAAGUUCAGACAUCAGUAAGCAGCAGUCCAAUCCUGCCCAGAGGAAGAGAAUCCUUCCAGCGUGGAUGUUAACAGAUCUGGGUGACCAAAACCUCCCAGCACCAGUUACCAGUGGAAAUAAUGUAAACUGGAAAAGUGGAAGAGAAGGUGUCUGCAAAAAUAAAACCCAAGAAAACAUAACACAGCAAGGAAGAAAGAGAUUGAUUUUACCAGGAAGCUCAGAAAGUAUAUCAGCAGAGCAAGACACAGGAAAAAAAUGCAGAAAUGCUGAUCAGGAAGAGUCUAUCAUUUCAUCCAAGGAAAUGCCACAAUCAGUUUCUGCAAUCAUAUUAAGUAACACAGAUGUGAAUAAUAAGAAGACUAAUGCACUGAGAAGUGAAAUCCCAACAGAGGAACUUGGUAAGGUUUCUGAAGAUGAAAUCAUCACCAAAGGAACACGAAAUAAAGAAGAGACUGUGAGCUGUUCUGAGAGUUGUUCGAGUGCCCAAGGCAAAUCUUCCCAUGGGGAGUCUCAAGGAUCUUGUCCUGGGCCUACCUCUGAUCCCUCCAACCCUGCAACUCUGCAUGCAAAAGCAGCCGAUCUAGUUCUACAAGGUUCUGAAGAAACUGAGGUCAAGAGAACAUCCUGCAUGUAUGGAGCAAACUGCUACAGGAAGAAUCCUGUUCAUUUCCAACAUUUCAGCCACCCUGGUGAUAGUGAUUAUGGAGGUGUACAAGUCAUGUGUCAAGAUGUAGCUGAUGACCGGCCUGAAUGCCCUUAUGGAGAAUCUUGUUAUAGGAAGAAUCCUCAGCACAAGGUAGAAUAUAGACAUAGUACACUUUCAAUCCGAAACAAUGUGGAUGACGAUGAAGGGCAACCCAAUGAGUACGACCUGAAUGACAGCUUUAUAGAGGAUGAAGAGGAAGAGUAUGAGCCCACAGAUGAAGAUUCUGACUGGGAACCUGGAAAGGAGGAUGAAGAGAAGGAAGAUAUGGAAGAGCUUUUGAAAGAAGCAAAAAAAUUUAUGAAAAGAAAAAAGUAACUUGGUUAUGCAAUAAUACAUGGCUCACAUUUACUAUUUCUUUAUGGAAAAAUAUUCAGAAACUAAGGCGGCACUUAAUCAAUAAUUGGUUUCCUUUCUAGACUUUACUAAUGACUGCAAAUGAAAUAUUGAAACGUUAACCUUCAGUGUAGUCUAUGGAGUUUUUUGUUGUUGCUGCUUUGCUUUUUCUAUCCUAUUUGAAGCAUCUAGAAGUGGGAAGUAGACAAAGUUAAAAACAAAUAGUUGAUACUUUUCACGUGUUUUGUCUGCUGGUUAUAAAAAGCAAAAAACCAUAGGUUUUGGUCUUUUUUUUUCUUUUCUUUUUUUCUAUUUUCCAAAAGAUUCUGUCUUUAUAGAAUACUAUGCAAGUAUAACCUGGCAAAUUACAUCAUGGGUGGAAAGGCAUGCCUCUUUUCAUUGCUAUUGAAGUAAUUCAAGCAGAACCAGACUUUAAAAAAAAAUGACAGCCAUCAUAUAAUAGCUAGCAUUUUUCUAGCAUCCUAGAUGCAAGCUUUGCAUUUCAUCGACUAUUUUAUUCUUUGAAACUUGGGGACAUUAGUACCACAUGGAUACUGAAAAUAGAUUCCAUGAGACUACAGAAAUGUUCACCGCACAGGGAAUGCUACUUCGUGCUCCACACCUGUGAUUUACUCUGUGUCUGCGUUUAAACAUAGAAAAACUUAAAGAAUUUGAGUUUCUUUUUCAAAUGGAAAUCUUGCCUGAUUACUUUAACUUUCAUUGUGCUGUCUUUACAUUAAGAAAAUAUAGAAAUGAUUUUUUAUCAUAAUUUUCUCCAAGGACCUUAGUUCUUUCAUCCUCAGAUGAAGGUGGCAAGCUAUCUGGCCUUUUAUUUGUUCUCCAGUGUCAUGAACUAUGUCUCUGUAUCUCUGUUCCCAAACUUCUUUAAUAAUAGUUGGGUAUAGAAUCUUUAAUAAUAGUUGGGUAUAUGUAUUGGAAAUAAUAAAUCACUAAACCAAGUGUCCUUGUUAAACACUAAUAUUUUCUAUAAGAACCUAAACAUUUUUUAUAUUAAAAGAGCAAUACAGAUUUGUAAUGGUUUUCUUAGUGUUUUUAAAUCUUUCCAAGGUAAUCCUGUGAGGCCUGUUGGGUCGUGAGUUUGGGAGUGGGAGAACAUUAUACGGAAAGAUAGGAUGAACCUGCUGGUACCGCAUCCUCACCCUUUACUGGAAGGAAUCUUCUCACCUUCUCCUGGAGCCCCUUGGCAUUCUCUGGUGGUCACCUCACCUUCAGCCAUAGACACUAAAUGCCUGGGUUCUCUGAGUGUCUUGGUGCUUGGACUCCUGCACCGUGUCAGCAUCAUUAGGGCAGCAGGUGAACAGUGUUGCUGUUCUGUGUAUUGUAGUGGGGCAACGGGAAAAGCCAGAAAGUUUUCAUCUUGUCGUCCUGCCCCCUGGAUAAGGAAAUGCUGGGUGAAGAAUGUGAGCUCAUUAUGACUCUGAACAAUCCCCAUCCCAGUGCUUACUGGGAAGUCCAAAAUAUUUCCCAGUUGUGUCAAGGCUAGCUUAGUGGAAGUAUAGCAUUGUAAUUCAUCCCUUUUGUUUUGAAAGAGAAAUUUAUUGUUAUAAAACUGAGAUGAAGCAUAAAUGUGUGCCCAGCUGGAAAAACUCACCUUUCUUUGAUGGUGUUGAUAACGUAAGUGCUGACAGGAGAGAAAAUCGUGUUGUAGGUGUGACUGAUAGCCACAAAGCAAUCUGCCUGCCGUUUCCUUCUUAGGUGUAACACUUGUUAUUUCUGAUUCAUGGUUGACAUCUCAAGUUGGCAUCAAUCAUCCAGACCUACAUAACCUCAUACCGCCUGAUGAAGGGAGGGCCCGUUUGUGACUUAGCAGAUUUACUGAUGUGUGAAAUAAGCAAGUGUCUGGAAUUAGUCUGGACAUUUAUGUAAACAUUCCCUAGUCAAGGGUACAUGUUUGUUCUCCCCAAGCUUUGUUUUUCAAACUGGCACCCUAGCUGUUGUCUCCCUAAACCAGUAAAAAUCACACCCAAGACAUUUCAUUUUAACAACACAGAAAUAUCACUCGUAUCAGAAUGAUAGUGUGAAUGAAAUUCCUGCAGUUCCACUCAGCAUGCUAUCAUGCCCUGACAGCCACCUCCAGUUCACUUUAAAGGACUUCUGAAGUUUCCUGGGUGGAGGCUUCCCAUUCCCGGCAAGACCAUGUCCUGGAGGGGGCCUCUGGGCCCCUGUCCGGCUCUAUGACCUCCAGGGUGGGCCCAGCUCCCAGCUCCCAGCCCCCAGCCAGGCCCAUCAGGUGCUCCUUUGGGAAACCUGCUCAGCCUACAGACAGACAGGAGCCUCCAUUGCUGAGGCCUCAGAGAUGUCUCUGAUGGGUCAACCUUUCUCUGAACUACCCCAUGAUCUAUAUUUAUUGUCCUUUAGCUAGUCAGGAUUGAUCAUUACAUCCAGCAAAAAGAAGAAGGUUGAAUUGUCACAUCACACUAUAAAUUAUUAUUGAGCUAUGUAAUCAACACUACAGUUCUCAUUUUAAUUAAGGAAAUGUUAGUGGUAAAUUUAAAUCUCACAUCUUUCUUUUUCUCCCCAAAAGUCAGUAGUAGGCAGACUGAGGUAAAAUGUUGAAAAGUCAGUGUUUACCUUUUUAAGACACCUCAUAUAAUGCUGUAGCAGGAAUUUCUGGCAUUUUGCCAAGUAAUGAGUCCAAGUUUAUUCCAUAUGACAAGUGCUAUUUCAAUGCUCCCUAAGCUCUAAUAUGAAUAGGGACUUCUUAAAAGGAAAAAGUUCUUAUAGAUCUUCCCACCCCAGUGUGUGGAGUGCUACAUCAGCAUUUAUUGAGCUUAUUUUUAGAGAUUUAAUUUAUAAAUUUAAACUGCCACAGUUGGAAGUAAAAAAAAAAAGUGACUAAUUUAUUAUAAAGCAUCAAAUGAAAAUCUAUAAGUACAUAGAGAUACUACUAAUAAUGAUUUUUUUAAAAAGCAAAAGUAAGAAAAAGCUGACUUUUACUAACUCCUUACUCUGGAAAUUUUUAAUAAACACAUUCUGCCUUUGGGAAGGAACUGUAUUUCAUUCUCAGUAGAUGAGGGAAUAUUUUUUUAAAAAUAUGUAUUUAUUGAUUUCAGAGAGGAAGGGAGAGGGAGAGAGCAAGAAACAUCAGUGAUGAGAGUCAUUGAUUGGCUGCCUUUUGCAUGCCCUCUACUGGGUGGGGAUCAGGCCCAAAACCCAGCAUGUGCCCUGACCAAGAAUUGAACAGUGACCUCUUGGUUCAUAGGCCAACACUCAACAAUUGAGUCACAACUGCUGGGUAGAAAUAUUUUUACAGUAGAAUGCCAGCUAAUAAAUGGAGAAGAAAUGAGAGAAUGAGGAAAUCACCAUUUUCUAACCUCAUAAUGUAAUAAUUUAUUCAGGCAAGGAUAAUUAAUAGACUGAAAAAUGUCACCCCCAGAUAAAUUAUAAAUGAGAAAGCGUAACUUUACAUUGGAGAGGUCAGAUGUCACCUGUCGAUAGUGGAUGGCCUGGAUUUAGAUGCUUCUUAAGUAAUGUUUUUGCCAAAGUUUCACUAAGUUUAAUCAAGCCUUUGACCCUAACUCUCAGGAAAGAAGAAAUAUAGUACAUAAAGGAACAUGGUAAGUGACACCACAGCAAAAUGUAAUCAGAUAAGUACAAAAAUGUGAGCAGUUCUACAUGAUCUCUUUAAAAAGACAGUGUUCUAAAAACAUAAAUGAGGAACACUCUAGACUUAAAGAGAAUUUAAAAAAUCAUAACUAUUCCAUGUAGUGCAUGAAUCUGAAUCUGGUCCUUGUUUGGAAAUAAACCAGCACUAAAAGAUAUUUUUAGGACUAUUAGAGAAAUUUGAAUAUGAAUUGCAUAUUAGAUGAUGGUAGGAAAUUGUUAAUUUCCUGGGCUAUGAUUGAAGUAUUUUGAUUUUGAGGAAGAAUAUUCUUAAUUGUAGAUGAUACAAGCUGAGGUGUUUAUAGCUGAAAUAGCAUAAUAUUUGUAUCUUAUUUUCAUUUGGUUGCAUUAACUAGUAUACACACAAACACAGAUAAUGCAUAUAUGGCAAAAAUAUUAAUGUUUAAUUUAGGUCAUGAGUAUACAAGUAUUCAUUAUACUAUUAUUUUAACUUUUCUGAGUGUUUG